AUGCCAUUUAGAAUAUUUGCCAAUUUCAAUACUCACUAUCGUUUACCCGAAAGUAGUGAUGCCCUGGAUGAUUUGAUUGCUCAAUUGGAAGCUGAUAAAACUGUGAGUGCGGUGACUAAUGCCGAUUUGGCUAAGGAAAUCCAGGAACUUAAAAAAGAAAUUGCCGAAAAAGAGAGUGAGAUAAUUAGUAAAAAAGGUGUGUUGGAUGGUUUAGUUGGGGAGAUUUUAACUAAAAAACGCGAAAAGUUGAAUUCUUAUAAUAUCAGUAAAGGAUUUGCUAAAACCACCGAGGAUAAUCGUCGCUCUUUAUCAGAUCUCUACCAAAUCCAACAAUUACUUUUAGAAAUUCGCUACUUAGAAAAUGAGGGGGAUGCUACUGCCAUAAGCACA